AUGCCGCCACAGCAGAAGCAACGCAAGAUGGCUAUAGUGGGCAGCCGCUCAGUCGGCAAGAGUUCGUUGACCGUACAAUACGUGGACGGCCACUUUGUCGACUCCUACUACCCCACCAUUGAGAACACAUUCAGCAAAGUCAUUCGGUACCGAAACCAGGACUUUGCUGUAGAGAUCAUCGACACUGCCGGUCAAGAUGAAUACACCAUUCUCAAUAACAAGCACUUUAUUGGAAUACAUGGCUACAUGAUCGUCUACUCGGUGGCGAGCAAGCAGAGCUUCGAGAUGGUGCGAAUCAUCAGAGACAAGAUCCUCAAUCACCUGGGCGCCGACACAGUCCCAAUCAUGAUUGUCCAAAACAAAUCCGAUCUACGACCCGAGGCACGGCAGGUGCAGACACCAGAGGGCAAGAAGCUGGCAGAUGAGCUGGGAUGCGGAUUCAUAGACGCCAGUGCGAGGUUCAACGAGAACGUGAGCAAGGCCUUUGAGGGCAUGAUUGGCGAGAUCGAGAAAGGCCAAGAGGCCGGACAGCCCAAGGAGGGCAAUUCGAAGUGUGUGGUGAUGUGA